AUCAGCACACAGAACUGGCUUGUUGCACUUGCAGUUAUUUUUGUGCAUUGUCAGUGCAGUUUUUUCAGGUUUUGACAGAUGCUCUGUGAUGAUGUCCUUGGCAGAAGUCUGUUCUCCAGAAAGCAGAGGGAGGCCGAGAGUGCACCAGGAUGGAAACUGUUUGGAAAGGUUCCGCUGAGAGAGAGUCCUCCCAAAAAUUCCAAAACCAUUCAGCAGGAAGGUAACCCAGGCAAUCUCACAUCUGUAUCUACACCCAAUCUCUUAAGUUCAGGGGAGUACGAGACCAAGGUGUCUAAAUCGGGCCAGAGUCCCUCCCUGCCCGCACAGGGCCGACGGAAGAACCUGGAAUUCGAACCAUUGUCCACCACAGCGCUCAUAUUAGAGGACCGUCCCGCGAACCUCCCUGCUAAGUCGGAGGAGGAAGCGCAGCGCCACCGUCAGGAGUAUGAUGAAAUGGUGGCAGAGGCCAAGAAAAGAGAGCUGAAGGAGGCGCAGAAGAAGAAAAAGCAGAUGAAGGAAAGAUUUAAACAGGAGGAAAGCAUCGCUAAUGCCAUGGUGGUUUGGAACAACGAAAUCCUUCCCAACUGGGAGAGCAUGCGUGGCACGCGGCGUGUGAGGGAUCUGUGGUGGCAAGGUCUUCCGCCCAACGUGAGGGGGAAAGUCUGGAGUCUGGCCAUUGGGAAUGAGCUGAACAUAACCUCAGAUUUGUACGAGAUCUUUCUCUCGCGGGCCAAAGAGCGCUGGAAGAGCUUCAGAGAGACCGGCAGUGAGAUGGAGUCAGAUGCAGACAGUGCCGACCGCGAGUCCAGUCUGGAUCUGAUCAAACUGGACAUCUCACGCACAUUUCCACCGCUCUUCAUCUUCCAGAAGGGUGGGCCGUACCAUGAUCUCCUGCACAGCCUUCUGGGCGCUUACACUUGCUACAGACCUGACGUGGGAUAUGUUCAGGGAAUGUCCUUCAUAGCUGCUGUGUUGAUUCUCAACCUGGAGGAGGCUGACGCUUUCAUCGCCUUCGCCAAUCUCCUCAACAAACCCUGUCAGAUGGUUUUCUUCAGAGUGGACCAUGAGCUGAUGCUGAAGUACUUUGCAGCAUUUGAGGUGUUUUUCGAGGAAAACCUCCCGAGACUUUUUAAUCACUUCAAGAGUUCCAACCUCACGCCUGACCUGUAUCUCAUAGACUGGAUCUUCACCCUCUACACUAAGUCCCUGCCGCUGGAUGUGGCGUGUCGGGUGUGGGACGUGUUCUGCAGAGACGGGGAGGAGUUCCUGUUCCGCACGGGGCUUGGGAUUCUGCGGCUCUACGAGGAAGUGCUCCUGCAGAUGGACUUCAUCCACAUCGCUCAGUUCCUGACCAGACUCCCAGAGGACAUGCUGUCCGAACGCCUUUUCAGCUGCAUCGCCAACACUCAGAUGAUCAGCGGCAACAGGAAGUGGAUACAGGUGUUUAAUGCCCUCCUAAAGGAUAAAGAAAUGGAAAAAAGCAGCAGUCCUACAGUGAAAAACUCUUGAACUCUCACCAUUUUUAUAUUUCCAGUUGGCUUUAACUCUCGAUUAGAAGAGAGGAUUGUCUAAAACGGGCUCAAAGAAAUGAAAUGAAGAAAAAGCUUGAAACUUGAUUUCUUUGUAACCGUGCCAGUAUUACUGAAGUUACACAUUUGUAUGAGUUCAAAAUAUAAGCCUUUUAUGAGAAAAUAUUCCACCAGCUUAGUCAUGUACUGUACCGGAUACCAGCAUCAGGCUUUCUCUUAAUAUUCCUCCUUAUGGCGAGAACUGGUGCAUUUGACGUGUGCUGACAUACUCAUUAACUCAUUUUGUAUGCUGAAGCAUGUUCAUUCAGAGCCUGUUUAAUGCACUUGAGAUUUUAAUAAUAGAAUAGUAAGGUUCUGAGAUUUUUAAAAAUGUGAUUUUUUUUUAAGCGGUUUUGUUUUGUAGAACAAGACCUUAAUAAAGUGCAAUAGAAUAUGUCAGAUGCAGUUGAUAAUUCAGGAAUAAUGCAUAUAGUGUGUUGAGAUAUUUGAAAGCAUUUUGCUGCUUCUUGCCGAAGAAUUAUUGCAUUUUUCGUAGUCCUAUUGUGCUACUUUAAUUUCUUCUUUUAAAACA